UGUCGACUGCCACUGUCAAUAUGACAUAAGUUUAACGUGUCGACUGUCGUGCAUUCCUGUAUUCGUGUAAAAAAAAAACCUUUCAAAAUCACGAUUCACUUUAUUUAUUAAAUGAUUGUGAUGGAUAAUUUAUAUACGAGUUCAUAACACAUAUAAAAUAUAUUAUAUAUUCUAUAUUUUAAGCUUCACAUAAAUUUAUAACCAUGGUCCUGUUAACUAACGAUUUGUUUCUAACAGAACUAUCAAAACUCUACCAAAAUGCACGUACAUCAGGGUCCGUUACUGUUACUAUGAAAAGAUAUGAUGGUCGCACUAAGCCUAAUCCUCGUGAUGGAAGCCUUGCCAUCCCCAAUCCAGACUACAGAUGUUUAAUGAGAGCACAAUGUCGAAGUAAAAAGAUAUCAACAGUAAUUGAACAAAAAGAUGUAGAGACAUUCACAAAUGCUUAUUCUAAUCUGCUUAAAACAAGUAUCAAUGGACUAAAGAGGUUAAAGAAACCUAAAAAGAAGGCAAUGGCUGCACAAUAAUAUAAUAUGGAUGUUACAGACUGAUUCAAAAUUCAAGCAUUUCAGGGCAACACACAUGCAGUGCCAACGACCACAGCCAAGGGUGGAGGUCCAUUAAAAUGUGCUUUUCUCUCGCAUGAGAUUUGAAGAGUUGGAGUCUUAGCUUUAUGGCUGAUGGUAUACAACCAUGUCUCCAAUUAAUAUUUUAAGUCAAACUAUUAAUAAAGUUAAUAUAAAAUA